AGUGGCUAGACAAAAGAGUGGCUCACUUGCAGCGUGUUGUAACUUACAUGGCUACUCCAGUUUAAGAAUACAAAUUCCCUAUUUAUUUUUCCUACCCAAAUUUUCUAUUUAUAUAAUGGAGAGUUUCAAGGACGUCCUUCACCAAUAUCCAGAAAUGUUGUAUAGCGCUACAGCGUUUGUGGCCGGUGGCGCGCUCAUCUACAAGCUUGCUAGCAGGAAAAAGAAAAAGCCCCUGGAUGCUACAGUGAACUGCUGGUUCUGCAAUCAGGACACAAUAGUUCCAUAUGGAAAUAGAAACUGUUGGGAUUGUCCUAGCUGUGACCAGUACAAUGGCUUUCAGGAUAAUGGGGACUACAACAAACCAAUUCCGGCUCAGUACAGUGAGGAUCUGAACCAUGGGGUGUGUGGUAGCAUUCCUGCUCAAGUGACUCCUGGGACCAUGCAGUGGGUCAACUCCAAGAUGCUCCUUUGCAGAAAGUGCAAUCACAACCAGUCGACGAAAAUCAAGCUGCUAGCGUCCUUCAUUCCAAAGGAUGAUGGGAACUAUGACGAUGAGAUCGACGCUUACACGUGCCACUUGGAAGAACACUACAAGCUGUGCAGGCCAUGCCAAGCAGCUGUAGACUACUACAUCAAAUACCAGAACCGCCAACUGAGGACCGUGCUGCUCAGCAAUCAUCUCAGAUGUACCCAAGAGCCGCUGAAGGGUUUCAUAAAGGGCUCCCUCUCUGCGUCUUGUCCUCUGGCGGUCGUACUGCUCCGAUGCAUCUCCUUCUUCAUUUCUGCUUUUCUGCUCGCUAUUUCUUAUGCGGCUGACUUGUCGCCGCCAAGUAGCGUGCAGAAUCCCCCCCAACCUCGUGCCAACAUUGAGAGCGAUGGCGCCGCACAGACGUGGCAGAGCCUAAUGGGACUUCUCCCAGAUACCCUCAUACAGUACUGUAAGGUGUCAUGGCUCUUCGGACAAGCUAAUCAGAUGGCAGUCGUUAGUGUCGGACUGACGUCGUGUCUCAUUGGUGUCAUAUUAGCAGGAGCCGCCAGGUUGAGGAGAAUCGACAUUGUGUCUUCAGUACUUUGGUUUCUGGUCUUGUGCUGGCACCUAGUGGCAGCAUACGUCGGGGGUAAUACAUCCAGCUGGACCGCAGCACAUGUCAUCACAGUGCUCUGUUGCGUUGUCAGCUUUGCCGCCGCUGUAGCAACACGCAACCCCCUGAAUCAACGAAGAGGCAGAUAUCGAAGAAACUUCACGGAUUCCUCCAUGCGCUCCCUAAGCAACCAACCCGCUUUGCUUACUCCCGAAAUGAUCCGCUCCUUCAUCCCCACACCUCCUCCCAACAUCUUCAAGCUCAUAAACCACCAAAAGACUCCCUUAAAACCCAAGGGGAACCUCUCUUCUUUGCCGCGCCGUCUCAAGAACGCACUCUGCCUUGGAACUGUCUCCACCUUCACCAGGACAGAUUCAGGCUACUUGUUCAGUGGGAGCAGACCAGCCUCAGUCUACAAAGACUCCCCCCCCUCAGAUUACUUUUCAAUGAAGUCAUGGAGUCGCCCAUCAUCACCUGGGCUCUCGCCGGCCCCCUCAGUGGAUGGCUCUGCGACGUCCAGUUCUGGUUCAGAGAGACAAAUUCGCCCCCUCAUCAGUCCUGCACGUCUCAACCUGGGCAGCCCAAAACCCAAAAUGUACUCUAGUAAGCCAGAGUCCACCUUCAAGUCACGACUUUUGUCCACAUCACGUGAUCUUGCCACAGACCAGACUUCAGUUUACAGUGGUAGCAUUUCACCAGACAUCCCUUGCUUCCUUAGCCAUGGUGAUUUGACUUCAAUAGACGAAGACAGCUGUAUGAAGGAGAAAGCGAGCAGCACGUCUGGGUCUUCAACAUCUCAGGUUGACACGAUAACAGGGUUUCCACAAAGCAGUCCCUCUUCACAAAUGAGACCUCCAAAAAUGAAACAGGAUUUCUUUCUGAAAACAAUGUAAUGAGAAAGAGAGACACUCACACUUGGAUGCUGUGACUUGAAGUAUUUUUCCAUGGGGUUUGACUCAAAUUUCUAAUAUGGUAUGGAAUGCAGUAAUUCUGCAUUUCUGUAGUCAGAAGUCGUGUAGUUAUGCAUUAAGAAUCUGAACUGGAUUUAUGUUUUUCUGCUUGCUUUGGAGAGUCUCCAUCAAACUUAACCACAGUGGUGGCUGAUCUGUCAGCUUAUUUUACAGUGUAUACAUUUACACAGUGUUUCCAGGAAGUUCUUCUGUGUUUGAUUUGUUUUGAUUCCAACUAAUAUUCCCAAUAAGCAAUGACAGUAUUGUGCAAUGGAAUGUAUUAGGGCUGCAGCUAUCGAAUAUUUUAGUAAACGAGUAAUCGACUGAAAAUUCCAUCGAUUAAUCGAGUAAUCGGAUAAUAUAUAUUUUUCUCUAGGUAAAGGGCAAUUAUAAAUAUACAUGAGAAAAUAAGACGCCAUCUAAUAUUGAACCUAAUAUUGAAUUUUCAGUCAAUCAAUGUGUAUUUUCUAUGUACAUUGUUGAAAACGGCCAACAAUUGCAUCUCAGAUGUAUUCUUAGAUCAUAGAAGCCUUGCCUCGCAUCGAAGUCAUCCGUCUUAGAUGCGCUAUUUUCGGCUUUAACUCCUCAAGCUGAGUCCGAUGGCUGGCUGGCGCCCUGGUGGCCAUUAUUCUUGCUUCGUCAUGCUUUUAUGCCAUUGGCGUAAUCACCUGUCACUCAAGCAAUGUCGGAAGUAGCGGCGAAGUUGGAUCUUUGUGUCAAAAUGAUUCAAUCAAAACCUUUUGUACUUUAAAAAAAAAAAGUGUGUUCAAAACUUUCAGUACUUCAAAUAAAAAAUGAGUUCAAAACUUUUUGCUUUCCAAAAAAAGUGACACUUCAAUUUUAAAAAAAUGUAUAUAUAUAUAUAUAUAUGUAUAUAUAUUAGGGCUGUCAAAAGUAUCGCGUUAACGGGCGUUAAUUAAUUUUUAAAAUUAAUCACGUUAAAAUAUUUGACGCAAUUAACGCACAUGUCCCGCUCAGACAGUAUUCUGCCUUUUGGUAAGUUUUACAGCAAGGUUUUUUGUGCUAACAGCGAACUCUUGUGGUCGCUUUGCGACAUGGUUUAUUGCUUUCUUGCCAGUUCAAUAUGGCUGCAUGACGUCUCGGGCUGACGCCUACGUUGUAAUGUUGUGCUUAUAUGAUCCUUGGACAAGAUUUGUCCGUAAGUAUGGUUGUUGUAAAGAAUGUACAUAUUAUGUUAGUAAGCGAAAUGUUAUAUUUUUUGUAUUUGAGGCCAUUUUGUUAAUAAAUCAGAUGUAAAGGAAGAAGUCUGAUUAUUAAGGCGUCGUUCACUAGCUGUCUAGCUUUGUAAAAAGUAGACGCUUCGGAGUGAGGACAGCAUAGACAGAUUUAAAUGACAGUAGAGUGAAAUGCCCACUACAGUCCUUAUGUACCGUAUGUUGAAUGUAUAUAUCCAUCUUGUCUUAUCUUUCCAUUCCAACAAUUUAUUUUACAGAAUAUAUAUAUAAUUUACAGAA